GCAGAGGCGUCGGAGCGAUCGCGUCGUCCUUACCGGCGGUCACUGUCGGUCAAGCUGAGGAGAAGGGGGAAAAGAGAUACACCCGGAAGUGUUUCGUUGUCGGUCAUGUUGGGUGAGUAAAGUCGCGUGAGGGGUUCGGUCGGCCAUAUUGGAUGGGGGAAGAGACGGCGACGUUACGCGCGCGCCGCCAUUGCACGCGCGUCAUCCCUGAGCAAGAUGGCCGCCCGUUAGCAGCGGCUGCUUCGGGUUCCGCAUUGAAGUUGUCCACGCGCCCACGUCACGCCGAUUCGCGACUUUUUAACGGUGACGAUUCGUGACAAACCCCAGUGUACUGUAUGUAUGGUUGAACUUCUUUCGCACCGUACGUAGCCAACCGUUGCUAAUCGGAGGCGCUUACCGCACUUAAUGACGGGGCCAGUCUAGAAAACACCCCCAUUGACUUCCCACAACUCGCUUUGCUGACCCAGGAAAUACAUUUACUACGACAGCGACAUUCAUUACCACAUAAACACAAUGUACUCAUCUUAUUGGUUCUUUCUACGUGACUUUACCGAACGAACCAAGAAGAUGAAUCCCUGCAGUCACGAAAGCUUUAAAUCAAAAUGUACUCCAUAAACUUUAAUCCAGCAGUGUAUUGAUCACAGCCGAUCUAUUUAAUAUAUUUAAUUUGAGCGAUUUGCUUCGCUUCCUUAUCCUGUAUUGUAUUGUUUGUUAUUGUAAUUCACUGACCCGCCCCUAUUGGACGAACUGAUAUAAAGAGCUUCGUAGCGCAUCGGAUUUGCCCUGCGGUCUAACCCAAGAGUCUGCUGCUGGCGUGGCCGCGCGAAUCUGCGGACGCCAAUGCGCGAAUAGCGACGCGCAGCGCAGAGCUAGACGCACGUGCGCAGCCGCUCGCUCCUCUUGCCUCCGGGUCACUCAUCGUCCCCUUGGGCCCCCCGAGUCCCGGGGUCUCCUCCCUGCUCUUCCCGUGCACCACACCGGACCCCUGGGAGCCAUGGCGAGGAGGAGAGCGAUCGGCCUGGCGUGCGGCCUGGCCGCGUCUGCCGCGGCGGUGCUCGUGCACAGGUCCACCCUCGACCACCCGCCCAGCAUCAACGUGGACGCGCCGCCCGUCAAGUCCCCCGCGGUGUCGACUUUGGCCUCUUGGGACCACAAUUGGGACCGGCGCCAAUCCACGUUCCUGGCGGCGAAGGCCAAGGUGAAGGAGAGCAGCGUGAAUGGUGUUCAGGAGCCGGUGCAACACGAGAAGGAGAAGCAGAGGGGCCAUGGCGCCACGCGCCACAUUCUCCUCGUGCGCCACUCGCAGUACAACCUCGCCGGGCCCACCGACGAGCAGCGCUUCCUCACCGACACCGGGCGUGAGCAGGCCGAGCUGACGGGGCAGCGGCUUGCCAGCCUGGGCUUCCCCUACACCCGCAUGGUGCACUCCAGCAUGAGACGCGCCACCGAGACGGCGCAGAUCAUCAGCACGCACCUGCCCGACGUGGCCCUGAGCAGUAGCGACCUGCUCAGGGAGGGCAUGCCCAUCCCGCCCGAGCCCCCCAUGCGCCCCAAGCCCGACUUCCAGUACUUCACGGACGGGGCGCGGAUCGAGGCGGCGUUUCGCCAGUUCAUCCACAGAGCAGAGCCCGAGCAGCAGGCGGAUUCGUACGAGAUCAUCGUGUGCCACGCCAACGUCAUCCGCUACUUCGUCUGCAGGGCGCUGCAGUUCCCGCCCGAGGGCUGGCUCCGGAUGUCGCUCGACAACGGCAGCAUCACUUGGCUGGCUGUGCGGCCCAGCGGCCGGGUCGGACUCCGGUCGCUCGGGGACUCGGGCUUCAUACCGGCCACCAAGCUGACACACUGACAGCGACCCACAAGCCGGCUCGCCAACGGUGGCCGAUGAGUCGGUUAUCCUGCCCGCCGCGGCACCACGCUCUCUCCCGGUUCUGGAGGUCUUGAUUUUGUUUUUUAGGGGUGUCACUCACCGGACGCUCGUCUCGAGUCUGUGCACGUGUCCAAUAAAAUCGUUUUGUAUUGUCCACACAAACGAGGUUCUGGGCGUGUAAAUAGAAAAGACUGGGAAGCACCUGGAGAAAUUGGUCGUGCGAGGAACUGCGGGAGGAAAAUGAGCUCAAGGUUGCUGUAAGAUGAGAUGGUGGGUGGACUGCGAUGAAGAAGGUCAUUGCCCAAAACGUCGCCUAUUCUGUUUUGUUUCUAAGGCCACAGUGUUAAUGAGGAACGUGUUGAGUUUUGUUGUGUUCGUGCACCGCUGCUGUUGCAGUGUCAUCAAAUUAUUAGGGGAAAAAACGGAAACUUUGGAGGAAAACCUGCCAGAGGCAUCACGGAGACUGAAUCCCUCGCUGGGACACGCCGGGUCGGCAGGCAUGAGAUUGGCACACGCGCUGGGGAUU